CUCCUCCUCCCCCGUUACUGAGCUCAGCUCCCCGAUCUCGGGCAGCUCGUGCAGAACCCAGCGGAACCCGGACUCGCGCGCUGUGGACAUUCGGGUGGAAACGGCACGAGCCGAGCCCAGGCUGCAGCGCGUUCUGAACGCGCGCGCGGUCCCCCAGCCGCGCCCGCACCCUGCCGCCUCUUACAAUUAACAGGUCUAAUUAAUUUCCAUCUCAUCCGGGCGCGAGUCGCUGUCUGUGCUGUUCAGGGUGCUGAAGGAAAACUGGUUUGGUUUCUAAGAUCAUCGCGGCGUGAAAUACGCAGGCGCCACUGUAGGCACAGAAAUCCAUCUAUGCGCGUCUCUCAAGCAGAAUAAAAUACUGAAAUAAAAUCGCGACACUGUGUGCGGAAUGGCAGAGGCAGAUUUUCAGACGUUCACCUCAAUCAUGGACGCCCUGGUUCGGAUAAGUGUGAGUAUUAGCCCUGCGCGCGUCCGCACGCCUGUAGGACCCGCCGUGCGCCCGGACCUCAGUAACAUGGCGCCCAGGAACCCCGCCAAGUACGGGACGUACCCCGGGCGCCGGCGGCGUGAGGGCCCGCCCCCAGCCAUGCUGUUCCCCUGCCCGUCCUGCCAGCGGGACGUGGAGCUGGGGGAGAGGGGGCUGUCCGACUGCCUGCGCAACCUCACCCUGGAGCGCAUCGUGGAGAGGUACCGGCACACGGUCAGUCUGGGCGCGGGGGCGGUCAUGUGCCAGUUCUGCAAGCCGCCCGCCCAGCUGGAGGCCACGAAGGGCUGCACGGACUGCCGCGCCAGCUUCUGCAACGAGUGCUUCAAGCUGUACCACCCCUGGGGCACCCCGCGGGCCCAGCACGAGCACGUGGCGCCCACACUGUCCUUCCGGCCCAAGGUCCUGACGUGUCCAGAACACGACCAGGAGAAGCUGCACUUCUACUGUAAGUCUUGCCAGCGACUGCUCUGUCCUCUUUGCAAGCUGCGCCGGGCCCACGCCGGCCACAAGAUCACCCCGGUCGCCAACGCCUACCAGGCUCUGAAGGUGAAGAUAACCAAGAGUGUCGGCUACAUCCUGUCCAAUCAGGAGACAGUGCAGUCCCAGAUCACACAGCUAGAGGCUGCCAUCACUCAGACUGAGAUGAACAGCGGCUCUGCGCGGGAGCAGCUGUGCCAGUCCGUGCGGGAGCUGUGCGCCGCGCUGACCGACAGGCAGGGGGUGCUCCUGCAGGCCCUGGACGGGGCUCGGCUCAGGCGGGUCGAAGCUCUGACGGUCCAGGUCACGGAGAGGCAGUCCCUGCUGGAGCACGCUGGCCUGCUGGCCUUCUCUCAGGAGCUGCUGAAGGAGACUGAGCCUCCCUGCUUCCUACAGGCAGCGCGUCCUGCCUCCUUCCCCUCUUUCUCCCGGUGGAAGUCUCCUUUCCUCCUCUCUCCCUCUUCUGCUCUAUCCUAUCUUUCCUCUUCUCCCCUCUCCCUCCUCCUGUCUUUCCUCUCCCUCCCUCUCUUCCUGUCUCUCCUCUCCCUCCUCUCAGUGCUGAAUUUCUUCCUGGACUCGCGCUGGGGUUUCCAUGGCGACCGGCUGGUGCUCGGUAAGGAGCAGCGCGGCGCCCGCAGCGUGCCCGGGGUGCCCCUGCUGCAGGCCGCCGACCGCGCCCUCACUUCCUGCCACCUGACCUCUGACCUCCUGAUCGGGGACGUGGCCGUCACGCAGGGGCGACACUACUGGGCGUGCGCGGUGGACCCUGGGUCCUACGUGGUGAAGGUGGGCGUCGGCCUGGAGGCCAGGCUGCAGGAGUGGUUCCAUCUGCCCCAGGACAUGGCCAGCCCACGGUAUGAUCCGGACAGCGGCCACGACAGCGGGGCCGAAGACGCCACGCUGGACUCCCCACCCCCCUUCUGCUUCCUCACCGUGGGCAUGGGCAAAGUGCUGCUGCCCCAGGGGGUGAACAACUGCCCCAGCAACGCCACCAGCCCCCGGGACCCUCCCUCGCAGCCCCCCCCGCCGACUCCCCACAGCCCCCCCGCCAUCACGGCUCCCCUCCCUCCCCGCCUGGGGGUGUGCCUGGACUUCGAGAAGGGGCGUGUCUCCUUCUACGACGGGGUCUCGCUCCGCCUCCUGUGGGAGGGGCCGGUGGAUUGCUCCGCCCCCGUCUGCCCAGCCUUCUGUUUCAUCGGGGGAGGGGCUCUGCAGGUGCAGGAGCUGGUGGCCAAUCGGAGCGCGGAACAGCCCCCUCCCAGGAGGGUCACCAUCCAAUCACGAGCAGUGACUAACCUGGGCAAUUGACCCCUCCCCCCCCAGCGGACAGAGAGACUGACCGACACAAUGGCCUUGGGAUUUUUGGACAGUUUGGUAGAAACAAAAAAAAAACGCCUCCAAAACACCUCGUUGGGAGGAUUCUGUGCCAAAACUACGGACUGAUCCGAAAUUCUUUUUCCCACAGGAGCGUGUGAGGAAGGCUGGCAGUGGUUUUGAGCGUGUGUUAUCGGGGAGGGGGGCGGUGGAUGGGACUGUACUGUUUUUUCUAAGUGCUGCCUUUCUUGUCCGCCGGGCGGUCAUCUGGUCAGGGGGUCUGCCGUGACCUCUGUGACAGGACACUCGGACAGCGGACCUGCCCUCCGUGGCCACAGGAAGUGGAACUUCUUUCUUAAUUAGCGAAUUCUUAAAUUAAUGAAGGG